AUUAUUGUGAGAAACGGAACGAAACGUCGCAAUGAAGUAUUGACUUUACAGGUUACAUUUUCGCCAGAGGUCGCUGUUUUUCUUAAGAAUUUAGGGUGGUCAGUGCUGCGUUUGUUAUAUCAAGACAAUGGCCAGCCAUCUUUUGCGCCGAGCGCUGUUUGAUGCUAUCCGUGUCCCGGCCGGAACCCGUGCAGCGAGUGAAAUUGCCAAGAUCGGCGAUCGUGAGUGGGUGGGCUAUGGUUUCAAUGGCCGUCCUAAUUAUGUAGACAGGAACGAUUUCCCCUUACCCGCUGUUAGGUUCAGGGCUGAUACACCCGAUGUUAAGGCACUCCGUGAAAAGGAAAAGGGAGACUGGCGUAAGUUGACCCUGGAGGAGAAGAAAGCCUUGUACCGAGCUUCAUUCUGUCAGACGUUUGCCGAGUUCCAAGCACCCACCGGGGAGUGGAAGGGAGCGCUCGGCUGGGCGCUUGUUAUGGCGUCCAUGUCUUUAUGGUUCUACAUGGCCAUGAAGAAGUUUGUAUACAACCCCUUGCCCGAGUCCUUCAGCGAGGAGUCUCAGAAGGCGCAGCUGAAACGUAUGUUGGACUUGAAGGUGAACCCUGUGGACGGCCUCUCCUCCAAGUGGGACUACGAGAACAACCGCUGGAAGUAAAUGAUGGCGCUAGUAGCUUCAAGAUGGCCGCGGUAGAAUAGGAAAUGUUAACUUAUAUAAGUGAAUAAAUCUGUAAGAUAUAAUAAAAUGUGAAUCAUACAA